UCGGCGGUCGCGGUGGGUGGGAGGGGCAGAGGUGUUGCUCAGAAACGGCAGCCGCGGUCGCUCCCCCCGCCGUCCCCACCUCGAGUCCCGGGAGGUCGGGAGCCGAGGCGGGACGGGGCUUGGCCUUUCUGCUUUGUUUUCUUUGCAGCGGGACCCGAGAAGGCUCUCUGCUCCGAGGCAGCGUGCCGAACCCGAACGCAAGGGGCUGGCUGCAGCCGGGGAGAGCAGGCAACGGAGCCCACCCCAGCCCCAGCCCCGUCUCUCCGGAGAGCAACUCGACCAGGCGGGCGGGCGGGCGGGCGAGCGGGCUUGCUUCUGGCCACCGCUUCGACAGCCCUUCUGAAAUGCACGAUCCACCUUUUGCAAUCGCGGUGGCGCUUCCCGUUUGCAGCCUCCUGAGGUUCCAUCAAGAAAGAAUGAAAAGAGCCUGCUGUCUGUGAAAAACGAUUUUCUCUCUCAUUCAGCACAAGAGCCACAAGAUGAUGGACAGGACUCUGCAAUACUAUGUAAACCUGUGAGUCUACACUGAAAGCAACAUCAGUGGGAUGGAUUCCACAAGUAUGAAGUCUCCAUAUUACCUGGUGCCAUUCUACCAAGACUACCACAACAACAACAUAAUUUCCCUGCACUACAAUUACACAGGCAAGCUCCAUGGCAGUAAAUAUAAAGGCAGCCUCAAGGCUGAUGCCAUCCUCUUUCUUGUUGUGUGUACAUUCAUUGUGCUGGAGAACCUAGUGGUCUUGCUGGCUAUCUGGAGGAACAAAAAAUUCCACUCACCCAUGUACUAUCUGAUUGGAAAUUUGACACUGUCAGACUUGCUUGCUGGAGUGGCCUACAUUGCCAAUAUCGUAAUGUCUGGGCCCAACACCCUCAAACUGACCCCUGUGCAGUGGUUCUUACGGGAAGGUGGGGUCUUUGUCACACUGGCUGCAUCUGUCCUCAGCCUCCUUGCAAUUGCCAUUGAGCGGCAUAUCACUAUGGUCCGCAUGAGACUGUACCAUAGGGGCAAGAAAGGACGGAUGCUCUUGUUAGUGGGUGCCAGCUGGCUGGCUUCUGUGUUGCUUGGAGUGCUACCCAUUUUGGGUUGGAACUGCAUUGAAAAACUUCCUGAAUGUUCUACUGUACUGCCCCUCUAUACCAAGCAUUAUGUCCUCUUUUGUGUCACUGUUUUCUUGGCAAUCCUGGUCUCCAUUGUAGUGCUUUAUGCCCGCAUCUAUCGCAUGGUCAAGUUCAAUGGGCAGCGUCUGGGCAGCCUUCACAAGGGCAUGCUUAAGAAGUCCCAAAGGUACAUGGCCCUGCUGAAGACAGUGACUAUUGUGGUGGGGACUUUUAUUGCUUGCUGGUUACCUCUCUUCCUCCUCCUAUUGCUUGAUGUUGCAUGCCAGGCCCAGGCCUGCAGUGUGUUGUACAAGGCAGACUAUUUCUUGGGCUUAGCUAUGAUUAAUUCUCUCCUUAAUCCCAUCAUUUAUACCUUGACCAGUAAGGACAUGAGACAAGCCAUCUUCAAAUUGCUCUGCUGCCUUCUGGUAAUUACACCAGCUGCACAAGAGAGACAAACUAAACGCUUUGGUUUCCCUAUCCUGGAAGGCAGCACUAGCAAGUCAGAGCGUUCAUCACACCAUCAGGAUGGCCAUAAAAUCAGCCUGUCAGUUGGAAAUGCCACCCCCACAGCCAUCAAGGCAUUAGUGCUGAAAGCUGUCCACUGAAUUCUCUUAUGCCCUGGGCAUCAGCACAAAGAUACAGGCAGGGACGAGAGAAUGCUGGAAAUAUACUCUCCAUCUGAACUUGGACUUUUAGCCAUGAAGGAGAUGUGUUUGAUCUUGAAGGAGGUGGUGGAGGAACUGAAGAAAAGUUGAGAAGUACAGGGCCCUGGAAGGUAUCUAGUUAGUAUCUAUCUGGCUGUUACUCAGGGAAAGACUUGGAAGCUUUCACUGCUAGGCCAGGCAGUCCGAAUGGUAGGACCUAGGAAGAUAAGAUUGUCCUUUCCACUGUGGCCAUGAAUGAGUUGCCUUAAGAUCAGGUUCCUACUCAACUAGUUCCUUCUGCUUCUGACUCCAGGAAUACAAACUUGGAGCACCAUGAAGCACAGAAUUCAUACUAGGACUGUGUCCACAUCUAGCAUUGCUAACACUAGUUGGCUGGAGGGGGAUGAACAGGGGACAUGAAUAAGCCUCAGCACUUGCCUCCUUGGCAAAGCUCCCUUCUAUUUUACCUUCUGAGGUCUUUAAUCUGUCUCUUUUGCAUCUUCUGUGCCAGGAACUAUACCUACAUGU